AUGUCGAGUAAAAAGAGUCGUGAUUCAAGUAAAACCAAACAUUCAAGCAAAAGUGAUAGUCGAGAAGAAAAGCAUGGACGAAGUUCAAAAGAUUAUCGAUCAACAGUUGAUGAUCACGAAGGAUCAUCAUCACGUCAUCGAGAUAAAUCCGAAUCACAUCGGCCAAAGUCUAAACAUAGUAGUAAAACAAAUAAUCUUGAUGAUGAUGCUAUAGCAUUAGCUGAAGAAGAAGAACGUCGACGACGUAAAAAACAAGAACGUAAACAACUUGAAGAAGAAGAAAGAUUAAAACGUGAACAAGAAGAAUAUGAAGAAGAACGACGUCGACGAAAAGAAAAAAAUCGAGAUUUAGAAAAUGGUGAUAGUCGAAAACAUAAAUCAUCUCGAAUUAAAUCACCAACACUAGAUUCACCACCACCACCACCUCCUACCAAACAUAAAAGUAAACCUAUCGAAAAAGAUGAUAAUUAUAGUGAUGAUUUCGAACAGAAUUAUGAUGAUGAUUUUGAUGAUGAAUCUAUUGCAGCACCGGUGAAGAAAUCUUCUACAUCAUACAAAGAAGAAAAAUUUCGUUCAACUUAUAACGAAUCACCUGCAACAAAAAACUAUCCUUCAUCUAGUGCCAAUGAUAAUACACAAGUUUAUACAAGUUCACGUCGUUUUCAUUCUCAUGAUCUAUCUGAUCGUAUUCGACGUCGUUACAAAGAUUUAUCUCGUUUAAUUGAACUUGAUCGUCAAUCAUUUAAUAUUCUUGAUAUGGCACCAAUGCCAGCUCAUGCUGCUUAUAUACGUGAUGUUGGUUUAAACAAUAAAAAUCAAUUGUCAAAUAAUAUCGAUAGUGGUACUGGUUGGACAUCAAAUGUUAAAAUUCAAACAAAUGAUGACGCUGAACAUGUUCAAUCACAAACAGAUGAAAUUGAUAUACGAUCAAUGUGGACACAACAUCCUAGUGAAAGUGAACAUACAGCAUGUGGUAGUGGAAGUACAAAUGAUGAGAAUCAAUUUUCAGAUAUUAAGAAAACACGUGAAAAUGAAGAAUUAUUACGUAUGCUUCGAUUAGAAACUGAUCUUGGACGAUAUCAAACAUUUGUUAUUAAUGCUGGAAAACUUAUAUUUGCAUUACUUGAUGAACAACAAACAAGUAAUAUUAAAUCAAAAUCAAAACGAUCAAAAGAUAAUAAUGAACAAGAGGGAAUGCAACGUGAAUCUGAUCUAGAUUUUUCAUCUGGAGUUACUAUUAUUCCAGGUCUUUCAUUUAAAUCAGAAGUAUCCGUUGUUGCUGUUUGCUUUUGCCAUGACAAACCUGAACAAGUAGCUGUGUUUUAUGAACCAAUGUAUACAACAAGUUAUGGUGCAAUUUAUGAUGUACGAGAUCCUGAAAAACCAUUGAGAUUAUUAAGUUGUGAAGCAUCAAUUCGAUGUUGUUCUUCGUCUUUGGCUUAUUUAUUUGCUGGAUGUCAUGAUGGAUCAGUAGUUUUAUUUGAUACAAGUGAACCAAAUAAAUAUAAACCUGAUUCACAAAAACCAAUACCAAGUAGUCCAACAUUUUCUACAGCAAAUAUACAAUUUAAUGAUCGUCAUUAUAAUGAAGUUAUUCGAGUAUUACCAUUGCGAACAACAAAUAUGACGAAUAAAGUUGAUCGAUCAACGAAUUCAUUUUCUUUGGCUUCACUCGAUCGAGAUGGUCUUAUUAUUAUUUGGUCGGUUGUGGAAUUAACGCAAUCAGAUGAAGCUGGAUCCAUUGCUGACUUAGGUCUUAAACCAGGUGGAAGAGUUCGUAUGACACAAACUUCAUCAAUUCAAAUUAAACAAUCGAUACAUAUGGCUAGAGAUUCCAUUCAAGCCUAUGAUCUAUCAUGUCCUACAAGUGAUGUUGACAAUCUUUAUGUAGCUAGCAAUGCUAAUGCUGUUUAUCAUAUGACACGAUACGGAGAAAUGGGUUCACCAUCAAAACUUCGAAUAUCGUCUGAUAUAGAAUCACAGAUCGAAGUUACUUGUUUAUCGUUUAAUCCUAUUAUAAACAAACUACUCCUUAUUGGGACUGGUCAUGGUCAAUUAAAUUUAUAUACGACGGGACGAGAUGAACCAAUUUUAACUUGGCCACAAGCAUUUCGUUCCUCAUCGAUUGUUCUUAGUUGUAAUUGGUCAGCAGGUCGAGCAAGUGUAUUUUUUGCACAUGACUCUCAAGGUUAUAUUAAAUAUUGGGAUUUAACUAAAGAUCAAUAUCAACCAUUGGGACAUGUCAAAAUUGAAAAUCUUAGCCAUUUUGUUCUAUCAACAAGCAAUCAAUACGAAACAGCCUUUGCACUUGUUAUCAAACAACAAUCAUCACAAAUUGAAGUUCAUCAAUUGAAACGAACAUUUGCAACACAUUCAGACACAUUUAUAGACAAUUUUAAAAGUAUUCUUAAAGAGAUUAUGGCAAAUGCAUAA